AUGCCACGCCAACUCCAACUCACGCAAAACCUGCUGGAUAGGGCCGCGACGGCCUGGAACGUCGUCUACUCGACGGUCUCCUUCCUGAUCAAUUUCCCGAGCCACUUCGAGGCCUUCGUGAAGUGGAUCGAUUCGCUGGAUCCGUCGCAAGCGCUCGCCUCGUCCAAAAUCGGCGCCUACUUGCUGAACUCGGCGGCGCGCCAGGCCGACGGUGCUUGGAAGGCGGCGAAGGGCCGCGCCUUGCAGCGGAAGGGCCAUACGAACCCCGUCGAUGAAUCCCCUUCGGAGCAUUACGUCGAGGUGCACGCGGACAGCCACCAUGUACGCGAGGGGCGCGUCGGCUUCGUCUCCGUCGAGGUCCUGCAGGCGGGCGGCUGGACGCGCGCGAACAUGGGCGACGCGUUCUCGGCCGAGGAUGUCUUCGUGCUGUUGAUUGUGGAUGGCGGCGUGGGCCAGACGAAUACGAAGGACGACGCCGUCGCGCCGGCCUGGAAGCGAAACGAACGGCGGGCGUUUCGGUUCCCCGUCGCGGAUCCGGCCGCGACGUUGUUCUGUGGGGUUUUUGAUCAGUACGGCAAGACGGAUUGGCCCAUCGGGCGGUGUUCCAUAGCGUUACGGGCCCUGGCGCCCUCGUCCACCUACGACUGCUGGCUGCCGUUAUUGAUGCGCGGAUCCGACGGCGAGGCACUCGCGGCGCGGAGCCGCGCGCUCGUCGCCGACGAGCCGCUCGCGACGGCGGCUUCCGCGCACGAGACGCAGGCCGAGAGCCGCGGGGCGGUCCGGUUACGUUUGAAGGUCGAGUGGAUCGACGGCGGCGUGGCCGCAUGCCGGUCCGCGCUGACGGACGUCGCCUACGCGCCGACCCGAGCCGUCGUCGCGACACCGGCGACGGCCUCGGGGCGUAGAUUGCGCGAAAACUGUCGCUUCGCCCUCUUCGGCCAAGGGGGCUGCCCGACGGACGAUCUGAACGAGCCGUUUCAAACUUCUAGAAUCUCGGGCUACGCCCACGAGGGCAUGUCCGACGUCCUCGACGCGGUCGUUUCGGUAGAAACGGGCUUCAAGAAGCUCGUCGCCUACGAGCGGCCGCUGAGAAGUCUGCUUCAAGGAUGUGUCGCUCUACGACGUGCGCCGGCCUGAUGUUGUCAGAUUCAAGUCGAAGUCGCUCCUGAAACGGUGCGGCUGCGGGCGCCACCGGAAGUUCGUCUUCAAGUGCGCGGACGAGCGCGACGCGGAGCUGCUGGUGGGGGCCCUGCGGGCGCUGACGGCCUUGCCGCGCGACGCGCGGCGGAACCUGAGUCGCGACUUCGACCAGGGGGGCGCGUCGCGGAGCGACGGCGUGACGCGCCUGGACGACGAGCUCCUCGUGCCGGCGAAGCCGUUCGGCUUCCUGGCCGCGGCGCUGAACGAGUACGAGCCCGCGCGGCCGGAGGUGCACCGCUCGCGCGUGCGGCCCGACCCGCGGCGGAGCUUGCUCGCGCGGAUGAGCAUCCGCGGCGAGUCGCUCCUCCGCGGCGAACCGGCUCGCGGGGCGUAA